UUUUUGGGGGAUAAUUUUCUGACGUACAAUUCUUUGGAAAACCCGCCGUUGCAUUUUGUACCCUUUAUACUCUUCUCAUGUUUUCCUUCUUCUAACACUGUUAACAACCAUGAAACAGUUAUCUUCCUCUAAUGUCUCCGGUAUCACCGCCACCACAACCACCCUUCUCAGCUCUCCUUAUAAGCUUUCCAAAAGGGGUAACAGCAAAAGCAACAACGUUAAAGUUAUGCGUAACAAGAAAGCAGGCGUUCAUGGCAAUGUUGCUUAUUAUAAUGUUGGCGGCGUUUAUAGUGGUAAACCCUCGUUCAUGAUGUGGACACUCCAUGAUGUUGUUAAUGUGAUGAGAUAUCAUCGGAUACCGUGUGUUUUCGCGGCGGGGCUAUUGUUUUUCAUGUACGUAGAGUACACGCUCCGGAUGGUGCCCGAUUCUUCUCCGCCCUUUGACUGGGGGUUCAUCGUCACCCGCUCCUUCCAUCGCGCGUUGGCUUCGUGGCCGGAACUUAACACGCUCUUAGCAGCUCUUAAUACGGUGUUCGUUCUGAUGCAAACAAUUUAUAUAGUAUGGGCAUGGGUAAUCGAGGGUCGGCCAAGGGCUACAAUUUCUGCUCUGUUCAUGUUUACAUGCCGUGGGAUUCUUGGUUACACAACGCAGCUCCCAUUACCUCAGGAAGUUGUAGGGUCGGGGGUGGAUUUUCCAGUAGGGAAUGUGUCAUUUUUCCUGUUCUUCUCAGGGCAUGUUGCUGGGGCAGUGAUUGCAUCCUUAGACAUGAGGCGAAUGCAGAGAUGGAAAAUGGCUUGGUUAUUUGACACUCUCAAUGUGCUUCAAUCGCUGAGGCUGUUAGCUACCAGGGGUCACUAUACUAUUGAUUUGGCUGUUGGUGUUGGCGCUGGAAUUUUGUUUGAUUUGCUUGCUGGUAAAUAUGAACAGAGCAAGACAACUAAAGGCUGCACUUUUUAUCGUGGUAUUUAAGAGGUUUGUUAGAUCGACUCUUUU